CAUUUAUAUAUGUUUUGUGCAGCCAUCAAUUUAGGAUCAUCACAAACGCUCCUAAGAGCAACAACGCCUUUCGUUUUUGAACCUACAAUCUGCCUCUUCUCUUGAACAAAACAACUAGUCAUUAACAAAUUAACCUUUGAUAAGUGAAAUCAAAGAAAAUGUCAGGUGUAUCUCUAGCAACAGCUCCUCCAGCACCACCACCACUACCAAAUGCAACAAAAAAUUCCAAACAGAGAACCACCAAAGCACCACCAGCAGCAGGUAGCAUGAUGGGUUCAUUACGUGUAAUAGAGCUUCAACUGGUAGCAUUCAUAUUAGUUUUCUCAGCAAGUGGUCUUGUUCCACUUCUUGAUCUAGCAUUCCCAGCUUUUGCAUCUGCAUACAUCUUAGCACUUGCACAUUUUGCAUUUCCAUCAACUGGUUCAACCAACACUUCACACUCACAACAAGAGAUUUUCAAAGGAAGUAGAAUGUUUAGAAUGUAUGUUAUUGUUGGAACAACUGUUGGGUUGUUUUUGCCACUUGCUUAUGUUCUUGGAGGGUUUGCAAGAGGUGAUGAACAUGCUGUUCGUUCUGCUACACCACAUCUUUUUUUGCUUUCUUUUCAGAUAUUGACUGAGAAUAUUAUUAGUGGUUUGUCUCUCUUUUCGCCACCUGUUAGAGCUUUGGUCCCUAUGAUCUAUACUAUUAGAAGGAUCUUUGUUGAUAUUGAUUGGAUUAAUGAUGUUUGGCUUAACAAGACUUUGCCUGCUAAUGCUCGCUUUCAGGACACAGCAUGGUAUUGGUUUGGGAAGGGUUUGGCAGUGGCAAAUCUGGCUUAUUUCUCAAUGAAUCUAUUUGGGUUCUUGAUACCAAGGUUCCUUCCAAGAGCUUUUGAGAGGUAUUUCCAAGACAGAGGAGAGAUUUAUGCUAAGACAGCAGAGGAUAAACGAUCUGUGUCACUCAACAAACCCCAAUUAUCAGAGAAGAAGAUGGAUUAAUGAAAGAGCUAGCUUUAGCAGAUAGCUUGUAUUGCAAGCAAUUUUAUACAGUUCAUAAUUUAUCUUAAAAAAUGAAUAGUUAAUCAAUGUAUAUGAUAUAUCAUCAUCCAUGACUUAAAAAUUGCUCUCUUCAUUACAUAAUAUAUGGAAACUAUUUAUAGCUUUGGUUUUGGAUAA